AUGGACGACGAGCAGAAUGCCGCCCUCCACCUGGGCGGCCUUGCCCUCGGCAACGUGCUCCGCGACCUAGGCAUCGACGAACAGCAUCAGAACGACCUCGAGCGCCUCGGCAUCGCUUCCAGCAGCGGCAGAAUCAAGCAGGAAGACAUCUAUAAUGACCGCUUCGCCGACGAGGACGACGACCUCGGCGAUGCCUACCGUCAGAACGGCUCCUCCACCAAGGACUGGGAGACCGAGGUAGAUGACGAGAUGCGCAGAGAACUCGCUAGCGAGCACGACUCGGAGGAGAGAGCUGCGCUCGACCGAUACUACCGCCAGGGAAUGGCUCAGCUCGAACAACCCCGAGCCCGGCUUAGAGGCGAAGAUGAUGACUUUGAUGACGACGACGACGACGAUGACGCAGAAGGUGAAGACGACGAAGACGUGCCCUUGUCCCAGCAGCAAUCUCGACCAGAUCCAUCACUAUCUCACGCAAACGCACAUGGCUCCCAAGCGAACGGCGCGAGUCGCUUCGGCGAUGGCAUGAUUCGAGUCAAGGAGGAAAGAGACGACGACACAGACAUGGCCUUCCUCUCCGGUCCCGACCCGGCAUCUUCGUCAGCAGCCGCAGCACCCUCCAUGCCGAUAGCCCUCCCUGGAUCCGACAGCUCGCGCCAGUCAUCGCCACAGACCCCGCCCCUGCCCCAGCAGCCGUACAUGCCCGGUGCUCCCGGCCAUGGCCCCUACGUUGACAUGGACGAGGUUCAUCAGCUCUUCCCCGAUUUCCAGCCGGGCAAAGUGCUCAACUUCACCGACCUCUUCGCCACACGACCACCCAAGAAGCGCAGACUCGGCCACACGCAAGCCAAGUUCCACGUGAUUCCGCAGGACGAACUGCCAGUGCCCAAGUCGACUCGUGAGGAGAUGCUCAGGCCAUCUGCAUUGCGCUCGCAUCAUGCCUCCAUCCUUCCCAACCUCACCUGUGGUCUGGGCGCAUCAGCCACCGGUUCCGAGACGCGCGACUCGGACAUGGAUGAUCUCCAGCUCAUCACCACGCCCGGCGUCAAAGCGGAGAGUAGCAGGGUCAAGCUCGCGCCCGUCGAGUUGGACGACUGGGAAGAGCGUGUUGUCUGGGCCACCACUCAGAACGAUCGACCUGCUGCGGCUGAAGCAGCUGAUCAGUUCCAAAAGGACGAUCUUAUGGACGAAUCGUUCGAUGCUUCUUACGCGCCACCUAGCGUGGACAAGCCGUUCAACCACGACCUCGUCCGCGGUGCUUGGACCCGCAGCAUCAUCUGGGAUGCACAUACCCUAUUCGAACCUUUCGACACGCUCGUGCUGGACAUGAACGAUCCGCAAAUGAUGCUCGAGGAGGACGUCGGACCCAAAGUCAAGCAGAACUCGCUUCUUCGCUCCGACGCACCAGUCGUUUCGGCCGCCGCAAAGCGAGACCUCGCGCGCCGCCAGGCCGAGCUCGACAUCUUCAACCUCUCCAACGACAAGUUCUACGAACAGACGCGCGAACACCGCCAGCGUGUGCGUCAAACGCUCGGCAAGCUCGUCGUUCAGCAUGCAUGGCCCGCCAUCAAGCUUCAGCUCCCCUGGUACAAGACCAAGCUCACCAAGGCCGAGGCUCGAUCUUUCCACCGCCCUGCCAUGCAGUUCCCCACCAACAUGCCUCUCCACUUUUCCAGGACCAUCUCGUCCAAGAAGAAGAAGGAAGGCGCCGGCGCGCGCAAGGCCAAGGAUCCCAACGAGAUGCUGCGCACCACGCGCGAUCUCACGCUCAAGGACACCGGGCCGUACGUGCUGUACGAGUAUUCGGAAGAGUAUCCGCCGCUGCUCUCCAAGAUCGGUAUGGGCAGCUUGCUGGUCAACUACUACCGCAAGAAAGAUGCCAAGGACGAACACGUGCCAAAGAUGGACAUUGGCGAGCCCUACUUACUCGACGUGGCCGACGAGUCGCCCUUCAUGAAGUUUGGCAACAUCGAGCGAGGGCAGGUGCAGCCGACGCUGUACAACAACAUGAUCCGAGCUCCCCUCUUCCGCCACAAGCCGUCGCACACGGAUUUCUUGCUCAUUCGCAGCACCACCAAAAACGAGAUCCGCUACUAUCUGCGCGAGAUCCGCAACCUCUUUGUGGUGGGCCAGACGUACCCGGUGCAGCCCAUCCCUGGUCCUCACGCGCGCCUCAUCACCAACAACAUCAAGUAUCGCCUGCAAAUGAUCGCCUACAAGCUCAUCCAGAAGAGCCAGCGCCAGCGUAUCAAGAUCCACCGACUGAUGCGCUACUUCCCAGAUCAGAAUGAGCUGCAGAUGCGCCAGAGGCUCAAGGAGUUCAUGGAGUACAACCGCAAGGCUGGCGACGUCAACCAGGGCUUCUGGAAGCUCAAGGCGCACAUUGUGGUGCCCGAGGAGGCAGAGCUGCUCAAGAUGCUGCCGCCCGAGAACAUCUGUCUCGCCGAGAGCAUGCAGGUGGGACAGCGCCACCUGCUCGACUGCGGUUACACCAACACCGCCGAGGGUGACGACGACGACGAGAGCAAGAUGGACAUCGAGCAGCUGCUGGCUCCGUGGAUCACCAGCAAGAACUUCAUCAACGCGACGCAGGGCAAAGCCAUGCUCAAGCUGCAUGGAGACGGAGAUCCCACCGGCCGCGGUGAGGCGUUCAGCUUCAUCCGCGUCUCGAUGAAAGAGAUCUUCCUUCGAGCGGGCGAGGACGCUGAAGAGCGCCUAGCACAGGCCGAGGCCGAAGCCAAGAGCAAGUCGGGUCACAAGUACAGCGUUGCCGAGCAGCAGGCGGUCUACCGAUCCGAGAUCGACCGCAUCUGGAACGCGCAAUGCCGCUCGCUGGCCAACCCGGUUCCCGCCAAGCUCACUGCUGAGGACGAGCGCAGGGCGGCGCUGCAGGCGAACGGCGGCAAGCCGGAGCAGCGAGGCGGCGGUCGAGGCGAGUCCGUACGCCGCGACCGCAGCCCGAGUGCGAUGAGCACAGUGAAUGGCGAUGCGGGCGACAAGUCGACCAAGGUGCUGCGUAUCCGUCGGCUGGUCAACGGCAAGUGGCAACGCGAGAUGGUGCGCGACCCGGCGGUCAUCAAUGCCUACCUCACGCAGCGCAAGAAGAUCGAAGACGAAGCCAUCGCGACGGAGGAUCUGCUGCCGACGGGCGAUGCUGCCAUCGACAUGGCGCGCAUGAAGCGUCUGCAGGAAGAGCUUGCGCAGCGCAAGAAGAACCAGGAACGUCGUAUUCAGCGAAAGAACGCCAAGGCGGCCGCAGAGGGUCUCGCCAUCCCGGGGGGCUACAAGAGCCUGCUCAACAAGACCGACACCAAGCGUCGUUGCGGUCGGUGUGGCGAGGUCGGACACAUGUCGACCAACACGUCGUGUCCGAUGUUCCCCAAGGACGGCGGCAAGAAUGGCGCGGGAGGCGCAGCCGGUGGGCCGGGCACACCGGGGACGCCGGGCGGUGCAGGACGCCCGGGCAUGCCGCAUCUCGCGAGCGGCGGCGGCUUCUUCGGACCAGGCAUGGGCAUGGGCAUCGGAAUCGGCAGUGCUGGUCCAAUGACCCCGAUGACUCCGGCGGCGCAGACGCCAGGCGAGUCGCCAGGGCCUUCGCAAAGCCCGGCGCCAGGCACGGGCACACCCACGCCUGCCGGACUCAAACUGAAGCUCAAGAAGAAGGCGUGA